CUUUAUAUAUAUAUAUAUAUAUAUAUAUAUAUUUUUUUUUUACUCUCGAUCGGUUUCUUGUGAACUUUGGCGUUGUUUUAAGUUUGUCUUGGUGAGGAAAGGGAAGGAUUUUCACCUUUAAGCAUGGGGACUCCGAAACUGUCCAGCCGCAGAGCCUCCAGAAGAGUCCUGAAGCCGGUGAUUGAGAAGAAGAGGAGAGAUCGGAUUAAUCAGCGUUUAGAUGAACUGAGAACUCUCCUCCUGGACAACACACUGGACUCGAGACUACAAAACCCCAAACUGGAGAAAGCAGAGAUUUUGGAGCUCACGGUGGAGUACAUCAGGAAAAAAGCAGCAAACGCAAAAGAAAAUGCUGCAGAUUGUAACAGAGACCCGGGCGACCGUGUUGCCCCUGCGCAGACCGCCGGGAGACCCCGAGUGCCCGUCGCAGGGCUCCAUGACGUCCCUAACGUCCACGCUCACGCCCCCAUCAGCCCUCUCUACACCGCCGGCUUCCAAGAGUGCAUCUCUCGCCUGACCAGCUUCAUCGAGUGUGUGGAUCUGUCGCAGAGGGAAAACUUCAUCCAGGGCCUUCGCCAUCAUCUGCAGUCGCACACCGGCGCCCUUUCGCAGGUCAGAGGUCACGGGCAGACUCACACCUGGGUCCCUGGCGACGUCCGAGCGAGCGCAGAGCCCUACUCGUAUGCUAACGGGCUGUAUCCCAACUCGUUCGUCCUGCAUCACCCGUAUCCGUCUCCUCCGUACUCGCUGUCUCCUCCUCCAUCGCCCUGCUACUCCUCCUCCUCUCCGACGUACCUCUCCGUCCCCUGCCACUUCCACUUCCCUCCAUCCGUCUCUCCUCUAUCCGACUCUUCUUCAUCCUCCUCGUCUUUCUCUACGUCCACUCCGGCAGUCUCGGCGAGCUUAGCGCCAGCCACCCAGGCUCCUCCACGACCUCCGACCCCUCACUGCGUCUCGGCAGAGCGGACUCUGAGGCGAGAGCUCUUCCCGAAUCACACACACGCCAUCUGGAGGCCGUGGUGAGCGCACACACACACACACACACACACACACACACACAAACACACAUACACACACACACA